AUGGAUCAGAGCCCAAUGAAGGACGAUGCGCCAGACGGCCAAAGACCAGUGAUGACUGACAUCAACGUCACUGAAGUGGGCAACCCGGCCUUUGAUCACCUGCGGAUUCCCGCCAAGUACAAAUGGACUGCACUUUGCUUCGUCGUUGCCCUCCCAAUAGGGCAUACCUGGACAGGCUCAGCCCUAGGCCCACUCAAGAACACUCUGCGAGAAGAACUAGACAUCAGCAAUACUCAAUUUGGUGUUAUUAGCAGUGCAGAUGCUUUUGUCAACACCAUCUUCCCCAUUGUUGGAGGCCUGAUCCUGGACUGGUGGGGUCCUAACAUCGUCACGCUAUUCUGUACAAGUUUUAUCCUUGUAGGAUCCGUUGUUGCGGCUGUUGGUGUCCAAAUCGGACUUUGGAGGUUGCUUGUUUCUGGGCAUGUCCUCAUGGGCUUUGGUAUCGCGGUUUUAGAUUCCGCAACGCAAAAGUUCUUCUACCAUUGGUUCGGCGCUUCUGGGCUUGCCUUGGCGUUUGGGCUAGAGAGUGCCAUUUCUAGCACUGUCGGCCUCGUCUCUGGCAUGGUCGCCAUCCCAAUCCGAGAUCGCACGGGCUGGUAUGGUUGGACGUUCUGGAUCCCUGUUGUCUUUUGCGGACUUUCUUUAGCUAUGAACAUUUCAUACGUUUGCUUCGAACGAUUUGUGGUCCCGACAAAGUACCGGUUAACCCCAGGUCGCGACGCAGCAAUCAUUGAGAAGCAUCUGACGAUUAAGCGCAACUUCUCCUGGGAACUUUUGCUGACUCUGCCCUGGGCAUAUCUUAUGCUACCAGCCACUCAAUUGCUACAGAGCGGCGCAGCGGGUGGAUUUAAUACCAGCUCCGCCGACAUCAUAUUCCUGAAGGGGUAUACAGAGGAAGUAGCUGGCUAUCUCUCGACAGCACAGAGAAUUCUUCCGAUUGUUCUGAGUCCAGCGCUGGGCUUGGUUAUAGAUAAAUAUGGCCAUCGAUUUCACUAUGUCGCCGCGUCUCCCAUCCUAUGGAUCAUCGCUUGUUCUCUCCUAGGCUUCACGGACGCCCAUCCUACCGUCGCCCUAGUUUUCUCCAGCUUAGCGGGGGUUAUUAACUCGAUGCCAUUGCAGAUCUGCAUACCUCUCUUGGUAGCUGAUCAAACCAAGAUCGGUACUGCUUUUGGUAUGGAUGUUAUAUUUGGUGUUCUUCAAGAUGGAACCGAAGACAACGGUUACUACAAGGUUCUCCUUGUUGCCAUUGGCAUCAAAGCUUGGGCUUUUGUGUUGGGUGUAUCAUAUAUCAUCGUCGACUACAAACUUUUAGGAAAGGGGAUGACUAUGACGCGAGUCCAACGUGAGGCGAAAGAAGCCGUGAUCGAGGAUUGUGACGCAGAUCCCUUAACUCGCAGGAGGUCGAAGCCUUGGUUCACUGCUUUGACUUUUGGCCUUCUGGUCGCUAUCAUCGCGAGUGCAUGGGCAGUCUUCCUUAAAUACCUGAUCUGA